GGGGAAACUAGCCGAGCGCCGAGGUUGGCCAUCGAGGGACUUCGGCCCCGGGGACGGUGUCGGUGGAGCGGCGGCCGGGCUGGGAGGACAACCGACAUGUGGCUCCUCGGUAGCGGGCUCCCCUGCGCUGCCCUCGCCCCGAGGAGCCUCACGAGACUUGUAGCGGAAGGCAAACCGGUGUUUGGAAACCAGCUGAGGACUUCAAGCUCGAAUUCGCUGCCAGAAGCCCAGAUGGGACAUUUUCAAGAGGGACCCGAUUUGAAAGAUUUCAUAUCUGGGGAACUUUCGGACAAAGCCAAGUGGGCGGAAUACAAAGGCAAUUUAAAGCGUCAAAAAGGAGAAAGGUUAUGGCUCCCUCCCUGGUUGAAAACCGAGAUCCCCGUUGGGAAAAACUAUAAUAAACUGAAGAACACGUUGCGCCAUUUAAAUCUACAUACGGUGUGUGAGGAGGCCAGGUGUCCAAACAUUGGGGAAUGCUGGGGGGGAGGAGAAUAUGCUACCGCUACAGCCACUAUCAUGCUAAUGGGGGACACGUGUACGAGGGGCUGUCGCUUCUGCUCGGUGAAGACAUCACGAAACCCUCCCCCGUUGGACCCCGAGGAACCGUAUAACACGGCAAAAGCAAUUGCAGAAUGGGGACUGGAUUAUGUAGUGUUGACCUCUGUGGACAGGGAUGAUCUUUCCGAUGGAGGCGCAGAACAUUUUGCCAAGACCGUCUCCCACUUAAAAGAAAGGAAUCCCAACAUUCUGGUUGAAUGCUUGACGCCGGACUUCCGAGGGGAUCUCGGCGCGGUGGAGAAAGUGGCUUCGUCUGGAUUAGAUGUCUAUGCCCACAAUGUGGAGACCGUUCCCGAAUUGCAGAGCAAAGUUCGCGAUCCACGGGCAAAUUUUGAGCAAUCCGUUCGCGUGUUGAAGCACGCCAAGGAGGUUCAGCCCAACGUGAUUUCUAAAACGUCGAUCAUGCUUGGCCUGGGGGAGACGGACGAACAGUUGCAUGCCACCCUGGAAAGAUUACGUGAAGCCGAUGUGGAUUGUUUGACCUUGGGACAGUAUAUGCAGCCAACAAAACGGCAUCUGAAGGUGGAAGAAUAUGUUGCUCCGGAGAAAUUUAAACACUGGGAGAAAGUUGGAAACAGCCUCGGAUUUCAUUACACAGCCAGUGGGCCUCUUGUGCGUUCUUCUUACAAAGCAGGUGAAUUUUUCUUGAAAAACUUAAUCCACAAGAGAAAGAAGAAGGACAUCUGAUGCGUCUUAAGACCGAGAAGAAGAAUCCCACUCUUGUGUUCUAGAUGGCAGCAUCACGGAUAAAUCCAAUAAAAACAACUCGGAAAGCUUUCGUUGCUUUAUAAAAAAAAAAAAGAAUACAAAAUAUUUUAUUUUGUUCCUGGACCCUGACACGCUCUGAUAUUGUACAAAACAAAGAUAUCACUCAUUAUCCAAUAACUAGCAUCCAGAUACAUCAAGAAAAACAGAGGUAGAAUGAG